CAGGUAACGUUGUGGAUAGCCAGUCCCCCCGGCUGUUGGCAAAUCAGCUCAGAUGGGACCUGACUGCCGAACAGAUAGAAAACAUGGCUGCAGAGCUCACGGAGAGGACCAAGCUCGUGUACGACCGGGUGGGCUCCCAGGAGCAGGGUGAGGUGUCCUAUGAAAACACUCUCAAGGCACUGGCUGAUGUGGAAGUGGAAUACACAGUCCGUCGGAACAUGCUGGACUUCCCCCAGCAUGUCUCUCCUUGCAAAGACAUCCGCGCGGCGAGCACCGAGGCUGACAAGAAGCUCUCAGAGUUCGAUGUGGAGAUGAGCAUGAGGCAGGACGUGUACCAGAGGAUUGUCUGGCUCCAGGAGAAAGCAGAGAGCGCUGCGCUGAAGCCUGAAGCAAAGAGAUAUCUAGAAAGGCUGAUCAAAUUGGGUAAAAGAAACGGUCUCCAUCUCCCCGAGGAAACGCAGGAGAAAAUCAAAGCUAUUAAGAAAAAGCUGAGCGUCCUUUGCAUAGACUUCAACAAGAACCUCAACGAAGACACUACUUACUUGCCCUUCUCAAGGGAGGAACUAGGGGGGCUCCCUGAGGACUUCCUGAACUCCCUGGAGAAGACAGAGGAUGGCAAGCUGAAAGUCACCUUGAAGUACCCGCACUAUUUCCCACUCCUGAAGAAGUGCUAUGUGCCCGAGACGAGAAGGAAGGUGGAGGAAAUGUUCAACUCCAGGUGCAAAGAGGAAAAUUGCUUGAUCCUCAAGGAGCUGGUGGACUUGCGUGCUCAGAAAGCCAGUCUCCUGGGCUUCAACACGCACGCAGACUUUGUACUGGAGAUGAACAUGGCUAAAAGCAGCAAGACAGUGGCUACGUUCCUGGAUGAGCUGGCCCAGAAGCUGAAACCCCUUGGGGAGAAGGAACGAGCUGUGAUCCUGGACCUGAAAAAGAAAGAAUGCGAGAAGCGCGGCCUGGAGUUUGACAACCGUAUCAAUGCCUGGGACAUGCGCUAUUACAUGAACCAGGUGGAGGAGACCAAGUACAGCGUGGACCAGAAUCUGCUGAAGGAGUACUUCCCCAUGCAGGUGGUCACCACGGGCCUGCUGGCCAUUUACCAGGAGCUGCUGGGGCUCACCUUCCAUCUGGAAGAGAAGGCUCAGGUCUGGCAUGAGGACGUCCAGCUCUACACGGUGAAGGACACCUCUUCUGGGGAGACCAUUGGCAAAUUCUACCUGGACCUGUACCCGCGGGAAGGGAAGUACGGGCACGCAGCCUGCUUCGGCCUGCAGCCAGGCUGCCUUUUGCCAGACUUCAGCCGGCAGAUCUCGGUGGCUGCCAUGGUGGCCAACUUCACCAAGCCCACGGCAGAUGCGCCUUCCCUGCUGCAGCACGAUGAGGUGGAGACCUACUUCCACGAAUUUGGGCAUGUCAUGCACCAGCUGUGUUCUCAGGCGGAGUUUGCCAUGUUCAGUGGGACACACGUGGAGCGGGACUUUGUCGAGGCACCGUCACAGAUGCUGGAGAACUGGGUGUGGGAGAAGGAGCCGCUGCUGCGCAUGUCCGGGCACUACAAAACUGGAAGCCCCAUCCCUGAUGAGCUGCUGGAGAAGCUCAUUAAAUCCCGGCAGGCAAACACGGGGCUCUUCAACUUGCGUCAGAUCGUCCUGGCCAAGGUGGACCAGGCGCUGCACACCCAGACAAAGGCCGACCCCGUGGAGGUGUUUGCCCGGCUGUGUGAAGAGGUGCUGGGUGUCCCCGCCACCCCAGGUACAAACAUGCCCGCUACGUUUGGCCACUUGGCCGGAGGCUACGACGCCCAGUACUACGGCUACCUCUGGAGCGAAGUGUACUCCAUGGAUAUGUUCUACACGCGCUUCAAGCAGGAGGGGAUCAUGAACUGUAAGGUGGGCAUGGAUUACAGGAAUUGCAUCCUGCAUCCCGGCGGUUCCCUGGAUGCUUCCGACAUGUUGAGGAAGUUCCUAGGCCGCGAGCCCAAGCAGGACGCCUUCCUGGCCAGCAAGGGACUGAAGGUGGAGAGCAACUCGCUGCCUUCAGCCUGCUGAGAAACUGCUCCGGCCCGUUUGAGUCAAGCCAGCUCCUUUGCCUGCGCACCAGUCCUCUCAGGCCAUGCAAUACCCGGUCCUUCUGUCACCAAACGCAUCCUGGGCCAUCCCCCGCCUGGAGCUGUUCCUCCAGGAUCCUGCUCCCGAGCUCACCCCGGGCUUCAGGAGCCGGACUGAGCCCUGGCGCAGGGCUCUGUGGUGGCAGCUCUGCAAAGGGAGUUGAAUUGCCUUUGUCACCCCCCCCGAGGGGGAUGGGGCUGUCGGUAGCCCACACAAAUUGGCUGAACUUUGAACCUGAUUUCUGCACGAGGGUGAGUUUCGGCCUCAUUUAUAGCUGGGGAGGAGGGUGAGAGGAGUUACCAAACGUGAAUCAUUUCUUUUAAAAUCCCUUCUUUUUAAGAAAAUGAGACUUCCCACCAGGCUUGGCUUGUUUUGUGCCCCGGGGCAGACUUUACUGUUCUGAGCACGAAACAAGCAGCUUGAGAAGCUGCACUGGGAGUCGUGCUCUCCCCAUCUUUGGGCAGCUGGCGGCUGUGG